AUGCAAGAAUACAUUCAGGACACGAUGACUUACGAGUAUGUCCGUCAUUGCGGACGUCCAGAUUUGUUUAUAACAUUUACGUGCAAUCCAAAUUGGGAGGAAAUACAAACUUUAUUAUUACCAGGUCAACAGUCGAUACAUCGUCACGGCAUUACUGCACGAGUAUAUUCAGUCUUUGGCAAAGCGUGUUGUUGGUUGUAUUCAAUUGAGUGGCAAAAGCGAGGCUUACGUCAUGCUCACAUUUUAAUUUGGCUUGAUGUUAAAAUUCGUCCAGAUGAAAUUGAUCAAAUUAUUUCAGCCGAAAUUCCAGAUUCAUCAAUUGAUCAAGAAUUAUUUGACAUUGUUACAAGUCACAUGAUUCACGGGCCGUGUUGUGCUUUUAAUAUGACAUCGCCCUGCAUGGAAGAUGGGAAAUAUGGAGUUACGUGGAAGGAAAAAGAAACAGCUUGGGAGAGAAAAGCAUCGAAUUUUAAUUCCCAUUCGGAUUCAGCAUGCUACAGGACCGUCAAAAAAUUUUACCAAGGCUAUAAAAAAGAAAUUAGCAAGGUGGCCGCAGACGAAAAAAUGUCCAGAAUUCAGACUGGAGGUGGCAAGGCCAUAAAUGUACGCGAUGAAAACUUUGAUCUUGCCAUAGCCAUUAUGAAUCCAAAAACAAUAACUGGAUAUGAAAACAUUUUUGAUGGUGAUGGUGCAGAUGAGUUGUUCGAAAAUGAACCCGGAACCAGUACAAACAUUAUUGAAGAAAGGCAGGAUGAUGAACCAAUUAAGGAUUGGGGAAAAUACAAACCUAGUCAAUUGAGAAACCCGAUACAUCCAAAAUUAAAGAGAAGUCAUGAGAAUAUAUCUGAUGAGCAGGAAGUUAUUUAUGAAAAUAUUGAUGACAAUAGCCCAAAAACUAGCAUUCUUAUGUCCAAAGGAUUUAAAAAGCAGUUUGACAAUUCAACCACAAAAACAGAAAAUAAAAGUAACUGGUGUGGAAGGCGCAGACCAGUUGCUUCAACAUUACCUAGCAGCAAAAUAACCGAGCAAUAUAAACAGCUAUCGGAAAUAAAAAUUGAGCUUGCUAAGCUUCAAUAUGAUACCCAAAAAGAGGAAGCGACUCAAAAAAAAUAUACAGCCUCUAUUGAACACGAGUUAAGAAAACGUUCUUUGGAAUUGGAUAUAGAAAUAAAGACAGAAUUUCUUAAAAAAAUCAAAAGUGAUUCGUUCAGAAUGUGUGAGACAUGUAGUAUCCUUAAGGACUUGGGAAACCUUAAUCCCAAAUAA